UAGAUCUUGACAUUUGAGAGGAAAAUACGACUAAGAAAACUCCGUAACCCAAUCUCAAACCCAGUAGUAUCAUCUGUGAUAAGCCCCAUCGCCACCAACGAACAAGAAAAACAAUAAACAACUAUAUUACCACAUUACGUAAACUCAUCGAGUGAAAAAACCAAACCAGUCAAAGCCAAGUGAUAAAAACAAUAAUAAAAUGGAAGUACCACCGCCCCUUGUUCUUAAGCGUCCUCUCUAUGUGCCCAGCAAAACUCUAAUGGGUCCUGGUCCAUCGAACUGUUCACAACGUGUGCUGGAUGCCAUGAGCAAUCCAAUUCUAGGACAUAUGCAUCCCGAGUGUCUACAGAUCAUGGAUGAAGUAAGAGAGGGAAUCAAGUACAUUUUCCAAACACUUAACGAUGCCACCAUGUGCAUAAGUGGAUCCGGGCACAGCGGAAUGGAGGCAGCCUUGUGCAAUCUUAUAGAGGAGGGCGACGUCGUGCUAUUGGGCAUCACGGGAGUUUGGGGACAUCGAGCUGGAGACAUGGCCAGACGAUACGGCGGCGAUGUGCGCUAUAUUGAGGCGAAUUUUGGACGUUCCCUUAGCCUGGAGGAGAUCAAAUUUGCAUUCGAUACGCACAGGCCACGCGUUUUCUUUGUAGCUCAAGGGGAUUCCUCCACGGGCAUUCUGCAGAGUCAGCUACGUGAGAUUGGAGAACUUUGUCGGCAAUAUGAAUGCUUCUUGGUUGUCGAUGUGGUGGCCUCGCUGGGUGGCACCGCCUUUCUAAUGGACGAAUGGAAGGUGGAUGUGGCCUAUACCGGCUCACAGAAGGCGCUAGGCGGUCCGGCCGGCCUGACCCCCAUUUCGUUCAGUAAACGUGCUCUGACCCACAUAAAACAGAGGAAGACCAAGUCGAAGGUCUACUACUUUGAUAUUUUGCUCAUUGGCCAGUAUUGGGGCUGCUAUGGCACACCACGUAUCUACCAUCACACCAUCUCGUCCACAUUGUUGUACGGACUACGCGAAGCCCUGGCCCAUUUCUGUGCCAUGGGCUUGGGGGCAGUUGUGAGGCGUCAUCAGGAGUGUUCCACGCGCCUUCAGCUGGGCAUAGAAGAGUUGGGUCUGGAGAUGUUCAUUCCUCGGGAAGAGGAUCGUUUGCCCACGGUCAAUACAAUCAAAAUACCAUUUGGUGUAGACUGGAAGAAGGUUGCCGACUAUGCCAUGCGGAAAUAUAAUCUCGAAAUAAGCGGCGGAUUGGGUCCGACUGUUGAGCAUGUCUUCCGAAUUGGCCUAAUGGGAGAGAAUGCCACUUUGGAGAAAGUGGACAUGGUUCUCAGCAUACUCCACGAGGCCAUACAGAGCAUUAAACUGAGAUCCGAACGUUCUAAAAUCUAAUUUUCAUAAAUAUCUUAUAUACUUAAACCUAAUAAACAAAAAAUAAAAACAAAUCAAUCAUAGAUUCAUUCAAA